ACAGAGCUGUGAACAUUGUCCUCUUGUGGUUUGUGUGACUCCAUCUGAAAGUCUUGUGACUGGUCUGGUGGGAAAGUGUAAUCGUUUUCUACAGUCAGCGCAUUGUUAAACAGACAUGUCUUUUUCAUGCGGUUGCUGCAGAAUUCUUGGCCCGGUGCUUUUUGAAUACGACACACCGAGAAUAGUGUCAAUUAAAAGCAGAAAGGUCGGACUAAUAAACAGACUUGUACAGCUGGGGAUCUUAGCGUAUGUGAUUGGCUGGGUGUUUGUUUGGCAGAAAGGUUACCAGCAGUUUGACUCGGUCAUCAGUUCAGUCACAACCAAGGUGAAGGGCGUCGCAGUGACCAACACCACUGACCAGGGAGUGAAGAUCUGGGAUGUGGCUGAUUAUAUUAUCCCACCACAGGAAGAGACUUCCUUUUUUGUGAUGACAAACCUGAUCAUGACUCUGAACCAACAGCAGGGGCGCUGUCCUGAGAUGCCAGAGGACAGCCCGCACUGUAUCUCAGACAGUAACUGCACUGCAGGAGAACAAUCGCCUAGAAGCAAUGGUAUUCAGACUGGAAAAUGUGUUCCUGUCAACAGUAGCACAGCUGUUCACACCUGUGAAGUACUUGCUUGGUGUCCCUUGGAGAAUGAUGUUGACCUCUCUCACCACCCUGCCCUUCUGAAAGAUGCAGAACAAUUUACAGUACUAAUAAAGAACAACAUCAGAUAUCCCAAAUUUAACUUCACCAGGAGAAAUAUUUUGCCGCAUAUUAACGGCAGCUAUCUGAAGCAAUGUGUAUUUAACCGGACGACUGACCCAGACUGUCCCAUCUUCAGACUGGGAGACAUUGUCCGAGAGGCUGGGGAGGACUUCCAGGAGAUCGCUGUGGAGGGUGGAGUGAUGGGAAUCCAGAUUAAAUGGGAUUGUGAUCUGGAUCAGUCGGUCUCCAAGUGUGUCCCCCAGUACACCUUCCGCAGGCUGGACAACAAGGAUGUGCAGAACACAGUGGCACCUGGAUACAACUUCCGGUUUGCCAAAUAUUAUAAGGGUCCUGGCGAGGUUGAAUCCAGAACACUGAUCAAGGCUUAUGGAAUUCGCUUUGAUGUCAUGGUGUUUGGAAAGGCAGGGAAAUUUGACAUUAUUCCAACGAUGAUAAACAUUGGCUCAGGACUGGCACUUCUGGGAGUGGCUACAGUUCUGUGUGAUGUGAUUGUCCUGCACAUACUGAAGAAGAAGACUUUUUACAGAGAAAAGAAAUACAAAUACGUAGAAGACUAUGACUUGGUAGGAAAUUCACCUGAAUGUGAAACCCCCUAGGCAGUCUUUCACAGAGGUGUCACAUAACCAGGCAGGGCUGCUCAUCGAGCUCCGCACUCUGUGGAAACCAAGCGCACAUUGUGCAUGAACUGAGGAUGAUGUGUUAACCUUGCCUCAGACGAGCCCUACUCACAUGCUGUACCCACCUGUAUCACAAUGCUAGAACCCAGCUGAUGAUCAUGAAACCUGAAUAGAUGGUCUGUUCACUUAGUUAAGAAACAUUCAGAACAGCUGAGUAUCAAAGUAUUUUAUUCCACAAGAAAAUUGGAAAAAAACAUUACCAUAUUGAAAUGACUUGGGUAUAUGACAGGCUGCAUAGCACAGUGCAUACUUUUGCCCGUCAACAAAAGGAGGUGGAACUAAUCUUAAUCCCUUAUGAAGUGCAGUGACUACACGAUUCCUAACCUGAACUGAUUGUACUUGUGCAGAAUCUCUUGUAUCUGGAUUCAUUGUCAAAUGUAUUUUUUUGUUUUCUAUUCACUGGAGAAUUUAUUGAAAAUCUUUUUUUCACUUGUUAUAAAAUAAUACCUGUUUUUUUAUUAAUGUUUUUAAUAUAUAUAUAUAUAUAUAUAUAUAUAUAUAUAUAUAUAUACACACACACUGUAUAAUGUGGUUAUAGAAAAUUACUAUGCCAUCUAAUAGGAUAUUUGCAUUGCACAAUGUUACAACUGUAGUCGGGAUCCUAAACGAAAAAUCAAACCCGACUUAUUUUUUUAACAUUAAAAUUGUGGGUUGUGUUGUUGCCCAUUAA